AUGCCUUCAAGAAGGGGAACGGCGCCUCGGGGCGUCGCCAUCGCCGGCAUCGAUCUAGUCGGGCAGAGCUUUCACCCGGAGCAAGCCCCCUCCCGUCGAGGCCUCCUACACCGGCAGGAUAGCCAUAUGCCAGCCCGCAAACCAUUGCCGUCGACCACCUCGCCCACCAAUACUCCGCCGCUGCCCGGGGCAGCCGCCCCGCCCCCCACCAGAACACUCCCGCAGCAGCCAGCAGCACCUCGUCCGCGACGAACUGCCGCAGCAGCAUCACGACGCCCAGACCGCGCCCUCCCCAGCACCACCGCGCCACACAGCGCUCGCCGGACCACCCGAGCAGCAGCUCGCCUCCGGGGCCGCCCCCGCCGGCAACAAGCAAUCGCCGCCGCGCCCACCGCCCGUCGCACCACCUCCCCGGCUCCCCGCUCGCCGGACAACCAACCAAGGCCCAGAUCGGGCCCGGGUCGGCCCGCCCGCCGCCACCUGCUGCCGCGCCACGGCCACGCCGCCGCGGCCCGCAGCGCCCAGCUGCACCACCCGCCGCCGCAGCGAGACGGGGACCCAGGGCCGCCGCCCGGCUUCCUUCCUCCCGGCCCGGCGACGCCCCACACGGGCCGGUCACCCCGACGAAGAUCUCGGACCCACCUCACCCCCUUUGAAGAUGAGGCCCGCCGCCACCGCGGCAAGGGCCGGCGGCGGCAGCGGCAGGGGGCGGCGAAGGCCGGCUCCCGGCGGCGCGGCGAGGGUGGGCUCCCGGCGUCGCGUGGGGUGCGACGCGAGGAGCAGGACGAAAACUCCCUCAGGAUAUUAGGACGAACAGGCCUUUUGAAUUUGUUUGAUAUGAUAGAAAAAGGAGCUUGCCAUCCCCAGUGA